AUGAGCGACAGCGAAGAUGAGGUGCAAGACUGGUUGGCGCUUACCAGGGUCCAAGAUGCUGCUGUUUUGAAGCGAGGCGAAAAGGACUUUGCUCCUGACGGGACAAAUAUCCAGCAGUCGAUCCUAGACCGCAGUAGAAAUGCCAUGUACGAUGCGCUGAAUCACCCUCGAGCCACUUCGGCAAAAAACCUUGUCUAUGGCGAAUGGGACUCGGAGCGACAACAGGUCAGAGUCGACAAGCCAAAGGGAACCCACUUUUUCACGAUGGGGAAGGCUGAGCGGACUGCGACGUUCCUUGAUCCAGAAGAAGCUGUUUAUCUAGCUCAGCGCGGGACGCUGCAGGUCAUGUACAGGGGCAACGCUCUGAGUAUUGAGGGUAUUUGUGCGUUUUGCAUGAGUGCGUGUCGACAGGAAAAUAUGCUCGUGUACUCCUAUUUAAAAAAGCUCGGUUACAUUGUCCGCAGAGCGCCUGCUCUCGAGCAAUGUGUCCCAGAACCAAUACAACACCUCAGGCAGUCUCAGGGCUUUUGGUUUUGGUUAACCCAGCCGUGGCAUGAACAGCUGGCAUGGCGUUCAGUGUACAGGUCGUAUUCUCAGGUUUAUCGUGAUCUAUCAAUUGUUUCUACUGCUCGGCAAACCCAUGUCGAACCAAUUGCUGCCCAUUAUCACGUCUACAAGCCAGGCACGCAAUUCAAAAAGUCCAAGCCGCUCCCACCAGAUUUCUACGUACGUGUCGUUGAUGCUCGCCGUCAGAACAUACCCACCCUUACUGAAACGCGGGGUCUGUUCGCCAGUGUGCCCGAAACGAACGAGGCACCCAAACGGUCGCCAAUUACUCGAAUCAAACAAGGCAAAAAGCAGGUAGUCCUGGCAGUUGUCGAUGCGGGCAUCGUCAGUUUUGUCCGGUUGGUCGAAACAGAGUUUGAAAGGCUUAAUUAG